AUGCUUUUUUUCAUCUAUUAUAUCUGUACAUUUUUCUCUUUAUUUUUCUAUUCUUAUAAUUUUUCAAUUUUUUUUUAUUCUUAUUUUAUUCCUAUUUGUUUUAAAAGGUUUUUAAAUGUUUCUUUAUGGGGUUAUGGGUUUAUUCUUCAACUAGAGAUCUAUCUAUCUAUCUAUCUAUCUAUCUAUCUAUCUAUUUAUUAUUAUUAUUAUAUUUUUCUCAUGCAUAUUUGUUUCUCUAUAUAUUUGACAUUACUACUCUCUCAAUACCUUCUUUCUUUUCCUUCUCUUUACUUCCUAUUUUGUCUUUUCACUAAUUCUUUUACUCUUUCUUUAUUUUCUUCCGUUUUUCUUUCUUUUUCAAUCUCUCUCUCUCUCUCUCUCUCUUCUCUCUCUCUCUCUCUCUCUCUCUCUCUCUCUGUCAAUUCGCAUCUAUCUAUCUAUCUAUCUAUCUAUCUAUCUAUCUAUCUAUCUAAGUUAGUUCGUAUGUAUAUCUCAGUCAAUUCGUAUUUAUCUAUCUAUCUAUCUAUUUAUCUAUCUAUCUAUCUAUCUAUCUGA